UUAUUUCCAUAUUGUAUUACCUUCUCCAGGGAAACAACAUAGUGGGAUGCAACAAGUUGGAAAGCCUGCUGAACACAGUGAUUACCAUCACAGCUUACCUUUGGGCCAAGAUACGUCAGUUCCAAACUUAUUAACUGAAGAUUUUAGGGAAGCAAAAGAGGUUUACUUUAAGAAAUUACAAGAGGAAAAUGAGGAUCUUAAAAAGGUCCUAGAGAAGAAAGCUGAUGAGGUAGAGGCUUUGCAAAAAGAGAUUGAGGAAAGCUCCACCCGAGAAUCAGAGAAGAAUGAGUUGAUCAAAAAACUGCAACAGAUGUAUCAGUGGAAGGAGGGUGAAUGCAAUAUAUUAAAGGAGGACCAAGAGAAUCAGGCCAGGCAGAUUGAGGCUCUUGAAAACAAAGUUCAGGACCUGGAGAAGGAAACUAGUCAGGUGGAGGAUUUGGAGAGUAAGAUUGAGUCUCUUGAGAAGCAAUGUGAAAAAUUUAAAACAGACAACAACGACUUACAUCAAAAUGCCAUGUUUCUUGUCAAGGAAUUAAGAGAAAAGACGGAAGAACUUGACAUUGUUUCCCAGUACAAACAGGAAAUUCAGAAUUUGGAGCAAUUUAGAGAUGAAGUCCUUCAUAGCCUUCAAUAUGAACGGACAGCACGUGAAAUGUUUGAGCAACUUUUAGAGGAAAGUGCUGCCAGAGAAGUCGAGAAUAAUGAGUUGAUAAGAAAACUAGUACAGAUGAACCAGUGGAAGGAGGCUGAAUGUAAGAAAUUAAAAGAGGACAUUCAAGAACAAGAUCAGGAAACUCUAAAGGGUGGUGAGGUAAUAAACUUUGUCACGGAUAAGCUGAAUAAAUAUCGAGAAGAAUACCAAGAAAGGGUACAGGAAGAAGCAACGCAAGCAUUUCUGAAAGCUAAGACCAAUACAACGAAGAAAAUGGAACAUAUGUUGGCGAAAGAAAAGCAGAGAGUGAAAACUUUGAAACGUUCCAUCGCAAAGGAAAAAAUCAAUAGAGAAAGAUUGAGUAAAAGGAAUAAAGAUCUGUGCAAGAGAAAUCGUCAGAUGUGGGCUCGUGUCAAUAACUUGGGUGCAAAGGCUGUGACAAACUUUCCCACUGCCGGUACAUCCAGAUGUUUGGAGACAAGAGAUGAUGAACAGUCAUGGAGCACUGUCUCAGAUGAAGAGGAAACCGUUGAAAGCCCGCCUGAGAGACGACCAUCUGGUACUUAGAGAACAACAGCUUCUAUUUUGUUCUCCUUUAUUGUUAAGCUACAACAACUGCGGAAUCUGUAAACCUUCUUAAUUAGAACCUCCCUCAAUUACGCGCCCUCCUCCUUUUUAGUAGAAAUUUUGAAUAAGCUCCCGGACGUUCAUCCGCGGAAGUGCAGUGUAUAUGUUUGUUUGUUUGUUUUUUUUUUAAUUCCUUGGAAAUUGAAAAAUAAGAAGUAUAUUCGUAUCGUAGAUUGGUUUAGUAAUACCUGAAAGGUAUCGUUGAAUAUGUGAAUGAUAGUAGAGACUUUCAUCGUGAAGAAUUAAUCAAUUACGUUUGAAAAGAGUUUACCCUUCGUCAUAUUUGCUAGAGUUUUUAAUUAGGAUAAUAAUUAAUUAGGAUUUAAUAAGGAUUGUCCUGGCUGGACGUUAAAAAUGCUGAUUGUUUCUUGUUGCUAAUAGAGUUUAAGGCGUAAAAAUGAACUGUUUUGUGACUGUAGUUAUUUUUAAUUAAUGGUAUCAUAAGUGGGUUAUAGAUGAUAACUGUAUUAUAAAUAUCUAGGAAUUUCUAUGCUGACGUGCAUGCUAUGGAACUUUCUGGAACGUAAUUAUGAUGUAAUGCUACCAAAAUAGUCGUGUUGUAAGCUUCCGGGAUUCUCUAGAAUGCUUUGUAAUUGUACAUAAGGACUUAGUCACGUAGUAUGAGUAGUUGUUGUGAAAUAUUUGUAAAGCUGAACCGAGAGAGAGUUAGAGUGGAAUAUUGUUCAUUCCAAGGAACUUUGGAGAAAACUGUAAGUUUGUCAGUAGUAAAGUUAAUAGGAAUAAAUAUAGUGUUCUUUCUGUAGCGUAGAUUAUAGCGUGACAUGAGAUAUAAAAAUAUAUGCUGGUAGACGGCUUUUCUUGUCAAACUUCA